UGCUGUAAGAGGCUUUUCGCUGCUUUCCGCUUGGGAGCCGGAGCUUUCUCCUUUGGCUUGUCUCACGGGGACAUCAGCACGCGGGCGGGAGUGGAGUGUCGGAGCAGACAGCAGCCAGGAAUUUCAAUUGUAGAGCAUUGUGAACUCUAUGGCUUCUACCUGGGAAAAGAUUAGAGACUUUUAUGACUGGGCAGUGGAAAAUGGAGACAAGAGGACUGACCCCUGGUUCCUGGUAUACUCACCCAUUCCCAUUAUUGUGACCUUCAUAAUUUACCUUCUAAUCUGCAAAUAUGGGCCAAAGUACAUGCGCAAUCGAGAACCGUUCAAUCUGAAAUAUGUACUACUUGUUUACAAUUUUUCCCUAGUUGCUAUCUCCGCUUAUAUUUUUUGGGAGUUCCUGGUGACUUCAAUUCGUGCAAAAUAUAGCUAUCUUUGUGAACCUGUGGAUUACAGCAACAGUGAGCUUGGACUGAGGAUGGCAAAUGUCUGCUGGUGGUUUUUCUUCUCUAAAGUCAUUGAAUUGAUGGACACCAUAUUUUUCAUUCUGAGGAAAAAGUAUAAUCAGAUCACAUUUCUUCAUGUUUAUCACCAUGGUACAAUGAUUUUCAACUGGUGGGCUGGAGUGAAGUAUGUACCAGGGGGUCAGUCCUUCUUCAUCGGCUUGUUAAAUUCCUUUGUUCAUAUUGUGAUGUACCUAUACUAUGGAAUUGCUGCAAUGGGGCCACACAUGCAGAAGUACUUGUGGUGGAAGCGUCAUCUCACUAUGCUUCAGCUGCUUCAGUUUUUUGGAAUCGCUGUGCACACCUCCUAUAAUCUUUUCACGGACUGUGACUUCCCAGAUGGAUUUAACCUUUUUGUAUUCAUCUACAUCAUCACCAUCAUUAUCCUCUUCAGCAACUUCUACUAUAAAACGUAUAUACAGAAAAAGAUCAAAAAAGCAUAAAUUUUGAAAAGACUGUCUUUAGUUUCUUUAAUGACUUGGGAAUAUCUGUGUCAAAGUUCUCACGAUAAACGCGCGUUUUGUUUCAUGUCACGAAAGGUUAAAAUGCAUUCUUUGUCAUUGUAGAAAACCUGCUGUGUUAAAUAUUGCUGUCGUCAUUGUUAUUUGUGUCUCUACUUUGAAGUUCCCUCUUCUUACAGCUCAUAAUAAUCACCUUGUAAUAGGUCACCAUUUAAUUAUUUAAAUUUAAAGCAAGUGCUUUGGCCAAGUUUAUUCGACAGCCCUGUAAUAAACAGAAAUCUCCAGUUCCAUAGGAUCUAUCUGGUUGUGUUCUGUUGUGGAUUUCACCUUUUGCUACUGAUCUUCCUCCAUGCCAGGGACUGUUCUAUAAAAGCUUGGGCAUGAAAAUUUGCUUUGCUCUCUUUGUACAGAUGGCUGUCCUGAUGAGAAGUGGUGGCAUGGGGUGGUGGUGGUAGUGACACCUCAUUUACUUCACUGUGCUGCAAUUGAAGCUGGAACAGUUGAGAUUCAGCACUGUAAGAUAAAAAUGAGUUGUUUCAUUUGACUGCUGCAGAGCAAUUUGGACUUUGCUACUGUUGCCAGGGGAUCAUCAUGCAUUAUUUUCUUAAUUCAUGAUUGUGAUUCUUGUAACUUUCUUGAACCAUGGUGCAAAGGUGCUCUUGGGUAAUUCAUUUUUCCAGCUAAAUUUCAGUUAUGCCCAUUUACCAUCCAUUCGUCUGUGACCACAUGUCACUCAAAAUCUUCACUGUACUUUCUCAAGUGAGCAUUUUACUGUAUUUAAUUAGGUUCAGAUUUCAGUGAAUUGUUCCCUUUCACAACUCGAUUUUGUUCAUAUUCAGUUGACUUGCGCAGAGCCCUUCUUCCCUCCUGGUACACCUUUGUGAAGCAAAAUACAAAGCUGUCAAAUUAAUGCUGCUGCCACAAAUAUUUUUCUUUUUUGGGUUUGGGUUGGACAUUUAACAUUUUUGAGCAUGUUGAAAGAUGAUUAGAAGCCAUAGUGAAAAACUCUGCAACUGAAGACCUGUUUUUGUUUUAAGCUGCAUUUUGUAUGUGCUGCUUCAAUGUACGGGCAUUUCACCAAAAAGGCUGCCACUGUUCGAGGUUCCCUUUUCCAACCUCUCAAAACAGCUCACAUUACAGGAAAAUUUGUUUUGUAAAAGGGGAAUAACUGAUAUCUUCAGGAAGCAACACAUAGAUUUUGAUCAUUUGUACCUAUUUGUACAAGUACUCAAGUGCCAACCUUUGUUUAGUAGACCUCUAGUGUAGUGUUUUCUAAUUUACAUGAUUAUGAGCUGUCUUCUAUUGAGCUGAGACACAAGUGACCUAUUUGCACUGUUAGCUUUAUGAUGCAUUUAAGAAUAUAUUUUAAUGCAUAAGAUUCUUUUCUAUCUUGCACCUCUCCCAUUUGUGAAGGGAUGACAUGAGGGGAUGACAUUAACAGUGAUCAUCCGUGUAAAGUUAUUUUUUGGAUCUAAUCAGGCUUAAUGCUGAGGGAUAUACUAACACAUUCUGAUUGGCAACAUUCACAUGGUAUGUUGUUCUUCUUGAGUUGUGAUAACAUUGUUCUUCGUUUCACUUGUGGUUGACUUGACUGGAAAAUGGCACUUCUUCAAAAAGGACUGCAUUGUAUUUGAUCCCUCAGUAAACAGAAAGCUCAAUCAUUCUCUUGCACGAGCAAAAGAUAUUUUUACACUAAAUAAUGUAAACAUACUUUAACUCUUUAAAAUUGCUGAUUUAAAAGAUAAACCCUAAAAUCUUAGUGAAACAUCAUUCUAAUUGGAUCCCUAUUUUUCUACUAGACUUAUAAAUGUAGAUGUUUUAUAAAUGAUUAGAUUUAAUCCCCAGUCUCUCCUGUGCUGGUUAUUUUCAGUUUUGGUGUUAAAAGUACUUAGUUUCUCUCUGUGAUCCUGAGCUAGUGACCAGGAAGUCAGGGACAGCAGAAAAACAAAACCAAGCAUAUGAUGUAGCGAAGAUGAUUGGGAAGCCUUUUAAAAACGAGUAGAGAACAAAUAAAAAAAGCAAUAAUGGGAGGAAAAGAUGAAAUGAGGAUAUAUUAGCUGUUAAUAUAAAAGAAGUUUGCAAGAGUUUUAGAUAUAUUAAAGGUAAAUGAGAGGCAGGAGUGGACAUUGGACUGCUGGAAAAUGAGGCUGGGGAAGUAGUAAUAGACAACUGAGAAAUGGCAGAGGAACUGUAUACGAUUUACAUCAGUUUUCACAUGGAAGACAUUGUAAACAUACCAGAACUUUUGAGAGUCGGAGGGCAGAAAGGAGUGUAGUGGUCAUCAAUGUGGAGAAGGUGCUGGGGAAGCUGAAAGCUCUGAAGUUGUUUAAAUAACCUGGACUGUGUGUGCCACAUCGCAGGGUUCUGAAGAGAUCACUGAGGAGAUGGUGAAGGCUUUGAUGGUGACCUUUCAGGACUCAUUUGAGUCAGGGAGGAUCCCAAAGAUUGGAAAAAGGUGAUUGUAACACGUGUUUGAGAAGGGAGGGAGGCAGAAGACAGGAAAUCAUAGGCCAAUUAGCCUGAUCUCGGUCGUUGGUAGGAAUUUUGAGUCCAUCAUUAAGACUAAGAUUGCAGAGUACUUGGAAGUGCAUGAUAAAAUAGGGUUGAGUCAGUAUGGCUUCAUCAAGGGGAAGUCAUGCCUGAUUAAAUCUUUUAGAAUUCAUUGAGGAGGUAAUGAGCAAGUCGACAGUGGAUGUGAUCUAUUUGGAUUUCCAGAAGGUCUUUGACAAAGUGUUGCAUAGGAUACUGCCAAAUAGUGUAAAAGCCCAUAGUGUAAGGAGCAAGGUACUGACAUGAAUAGAGGAUUAGCUGACUGGCAGAACUUGGGGAAUGGGAAUAAAGGGGGCUUUUCAGGAGGGAAGCUGUGAUUAGUGGAGUUCCACAAAGAUCAGUGAUGGGACCACAACUAUUCAUGUUAUACACUAACAAUCUGGACCAAGAAACUGAGGGCAUCGUUGCUAAGUUUGCAGAUGCUGCAAAGAUAGGUGGAGGGACAGGAAGUGUGAAGGAGAUGAGAAGGCUACAGAAGGACUUGGGCAGGCUAGAAGAGUGGGCCACUUUCUCAUCCUUUAUCUCGCCUCACAUUCUCAAGUCUUUGACUUGUGGUCUGCCAUUCAUUUUGUUAUCUGCUCUGAUCUACUGUAGUUUCUUGAAUAUAUUAUUUUCAUUUGUGCUUUGGUCCCUUCACCAGUUUUUCUCAUUCAUUCAUUCAUUGGUCUCAACUUCUUUUCCCCUUUUUGUGACAAUUUGCGACACUGAAGUUACUUUAAAUAAAAGGGAAUACUGUGACAUCACAUUUUAACAAUGAACAAUGGAGUGCCUUGUUUAAACAUUAGCUGAAAGCAGAACUGAGCUUUUCUCUAAUGCUUGUAGUUCUCCAUCACUUAUCAGAAAGCCUGCUGAAACUUAAAUUUGAUGGUCAAAUGGCAGAAUGGUGAGUUGCUGGAGGACAACCAACGGCAGUGGAACCAAAUGCUAAAUAAGUAGGUGGUCUGGCAGCAUCUGUGGAGAGAAAGCAGUUAAUGUUUCAAGUCCAAUGAGCUAAGAAAGGUCACUGAACUCCAAAUGUUAAUUCUGCUUUCUGUCCGCAGAUGUUGCCAAGCCUGAUGAACUUCUCCAGCAAUUUCUGUUUUUAUUUUAAACUUCCAGCUUCUGCAAUGUUAUUUCAUUAUACCUAACUAAAUUGUCAUUGCUGGUAUGAGGUGAAAAUUGUUGGGAAGAUUUGUAGUUCAACUAUUUUCUCUCAUUGGGCUUCUACACUCCUUUUGUCUGAAGACUAGUACUAAUAACCAAACAAGAAGUUAGAGAGCUGACUGACAUGUGACUUGCAUAUUUAUGAGAUAUAGGUGAAAAGUAUAAAAAAACCCUAAAUUCAAAGGAAAAUAUAAAU